AUGGCAGGCGGAUCCGAUGAUCUUGACAUGACACCUGUCCCAGGCACCGUCCAUCUGGUGGACCUGGACCACAGCAUGCACGCUCGCCAUGCUGAAGAUGGAGACAUUAUUCUGGAUCCAGCACCCUCAAGCGACCCGGAUGACCCGCUCAAUUGGUCUCCACGCCGCAAACUCAUGUCGACUAUAUGUACCAAUCUAUAUACGUGGAUGACUGGCAUUGCGGUAUCAACAGUGUAUUCUGUAUUGGUGCCACUUUCAGAAGCCUCCGGGGUCUCUGUUUCAACGCUGAACGAAGGCACUGGAUAUAUGUUCUUGUUUUUAGGGUGGGGACUUCUCUUCUGGCAACCGUUUGCUUUACGAUAUGGCAAGAGACUCACCUUUCUGAUAUCGGUUCUUGGAGCAAUUGGCACCAGCAUCUGGAGCGCCCACGUCAAAAGCAAUGGCGAGUGGGUAGCUCGAUGCAUCGUAACAGGCUUCUUCGUCGCCCCUGUAGAAGCUCUCCCUGAGAUCUCAGUGACUGACGUAUACUUCACCCACCAACGCGGACUCUACAUGGGCUACUACGCCCUCUCCCUCGCAGGCAGCAAUUACUUCGCCCCAAUCAUAAGCGGCUUCAUCUCCGAAGGCCAAGGCUGGCAAUGGGUCUUCUACUGGCCCGCUAUCUUCCUCGGCUUUACUCUCGUAUUCCUCUUCCUCUUCCUAGAGGAAACAAACUAUGUCCGGAAACUCGACGGCAUACCCAUCCAAACACCUAGCUUACCAACCCCGCAAAUCGGUGUACCUGACGAAGAAAAGGUUGAAGCAGCGACUAGACAAACGACCGCAAGCGACGAAAUCCAAACCUCUACAAAGACAUUCCUCCAGAAACUCUCCCUCUGGCAGCCUUCCCCUGGCACAAAUGUCUUCGAGCGCGCAAAGCGCAGUCUAGUAUACCUCACCUGGCCUGUGAUUUUCUACUCUGGCUUCAGCUACGGGUCCUACCUCAUCUGGUUCAACGUCCUCAACGCCACCACAUCCAUCAUCCUCGGGGGUCCCGGUUACAACUUCAAGCCCUCGAUGGUCGGUCUCAGCUACGUUUCGUGCUGCAUCGGGGUCGUCGGUGGCGCACUUUUUUCCGGCCGGUUCAGCGAUUGGCUGACUAUCAAGCUCGCGCGUAAGAACAACGGUGUCAUGGAAGCGGAGCACCGGCUCUGGCCAUUCGCAUUAUGUCUGAUUAUGGUACCUGCUUCCCUGAUCCUGUGGGGUGUGGGGGCUGCGCAUGGAGUGCACUGGUUUGGACUCGUGUUUGCGAUGGCAUGUCUGGCUUUUACGUCGACGAUUGGAGUUACGCUCAGUGUUAACUAUAUGGUGGAUAGUUAUCAUGAUAUUAGUGGGGAUGCUAUUGUUACGGUUAUUUUGAUUCGGAACACAAUGUCGUUUGCGAUUAGUUAUGGUAUCACGCCGUGGCUGAGAAACCUUGGGUACCAGAAUUGCUUCAUCUCCGCUGCGUUUAUCGGAAUGGCUGCUUCGUCAAUGUUUCUGGUCAUGAUAAAAUAUGGCAAGGGCAUGAGAGUAAGGAGUAGCAGUGAAUACUACAGCAUUGUUAACGCUGAAAAGGCCUCGUUCUGA